CUUCUGUGAUGUAUUUUGAGCAGCUUCUGCAAAUUGCUAGGCACUUCGGUUCUAGAUUGGAAACUUAAAGUCCGAUACUCCAUGUGUUACCCCCGAUGUAACGUGCACUCGACGAGCACUUCAAGAGAUACUCGCAUAGCCUUGUAGAAAGCAAAUUAUAAAAAGGCAUCGUAUCUCGGUCGUGUCGUCGAUUCGUCUUGGAAACAGUUUUUGUGCACAGAGAACAUCAACUUUUGAUCCUAACUAUUCAAAUCCCAUUCCUCCGUCUACGAAGUUCAUCGUGCACUUUCCUCUCCGACCCACGUUCCAGCACUGCACCAGCAUCAACGUCGGUGCAAGAAAGAUCGAAAGAAUGGUCGAGACCGUGCUCGUAAGCGGUGCCAGCGGCUUUGUCGCUGCCAGCAUCAUCAAGGAGCUCCUCACGAACGGCUACGCUGUAAGGGGUACUGUGCGUUCCGAGUCGAGCGCCAACAAAGUCAGAGAAGCACAUGCAGAGUACGCCAAAGGGAAUCUGUCGCUGGUCAUCGUCAAGGACAUUGCGACUCCAGGAGCCUUCAGCGAAGCCGUCAAGGGCGUCGACGGAAUUUUCCAUGUCGCGUCGCCCUUUAUCCUCGAUGCCACCGACUUUGAUGCCCAGCUCUUCGAGCCCGCCCUGCAGGGGACUCUGGGCAUCUUGAAGGCCGCACAGAAACAUAACCCAAAUGUCAAGCGCGUCGUGAUCACGUCGUCCUUUGCCGCAGUUGUGGACUUCUCGUCCGGCCUGAACCCGGGCAAGACCUACACAGAAGCGGAUUGGAACCCUAUGACCCGCGAGGAAGCCAAGGCGGCCGGCGCGGUGGCAGCGUAUCUUGUUUCCAAGGUCCUUGCCGAGAAAGCGGCCUUUGAGUUUGUCGAGAAGGAAAAGCCGAACUUCACCGUUGCUACGCUCUGUCCCCCAAUGGUGUAUGGCCCUCUCGCUCAAGACCCCGACAGCAUGGAUAGACUCAACGAGAGCACAGAGGACUUCUACCGCCUCAUGAACGGUUCCCUAGUCGAGACGCCGGGCACAAGUUUCUGGGCGUACGCUGACGUUCGCGACCUCGCCCUUGCUCAUCGUCUUGCAUACGAGAAGCCAGAGGCUGCCAACCAGAGAUUCCUCAUCACGAAUGGUGGGUUCAGCUACCAGUUGUUCGUCGACAUCCUACACGAUAGGCUUCCAGAGCUUAGAGAUAAGCUUCCGAAGAAAGCCAACCCCGUAAACGAAGCUUUCCCGGGGAAGGUGUAUCGCCUAGAUAACUCCAAAGCGACGAACGUGCUCGGCAUGAGCUGGAGACCAGUUGAAGAUACAGUGUUAGACACGGCAAAAUAUCUGCAAGGCAUGGAAAAGAAGCACGGCGUUGCAAAAUAGAGAGGACAUGGACGGGAUCUUAAGACUGGUAUCUCGAAGCCAGCCCCAAAAAGAACUUAUAUUUUCGUCAUGCUUUUUUUUCUCUUGAGCGUGCUGUUUUCGCCUGACGAUGGUUCAAGAAGACGAUCUUCAUCUGCAAAACCAGUCAUUAUCUUUAUCCAUAGUUCAAAUGCAACAUUGCUAUUUACUUAAGACUCUAAAGAAAAA